AUGAGCAAAACAACAGCUCGUCGGAUUCUAAUUGAUGAUUUAGAAUGUCGACCUUACAAGAUAAUUCAAGAACCUGCCUUAGCAGAUAAACAAAACGAAAAUCGAAAAAAAUUUGCUCAUUGGGUGAAAAACAACUUUAACAAAGAUGAUAUCAAAAGGUGGUUAUUUUCUGAUGAAAAGUUGUUUGAUAUUGAUGGAGUGUACAACUCACAAAAUGAUAGAGUGCGGGCAAUAAGCCGAUCUGAAGCUGAUAAAAAGGGAGGUGUAAAACAAAAAAGAAAAUUUCCGACAAAAGUUAUGGUCUGGUUGGGAGCAUCAACAAAAGGAUUAACACCAUUGGUAAUACUCGAAGGUUCUGUUAAUCACGAACAAUAUAUUAAGAAAGUACUACCAGUUGCACUACAAUUUGGCAACAAAAUGUUUGGUGAUAAUUGGGUUUAUCAACAAGAUGGAGCUACACCACACACUCACCAUAAAACACAAAGAUGGUGUGACGAAAAUUUUCCAUCAUAUGUUUCUAAAGAUCGGUAG